GGGCGGCGCGCGAUGCUGGCGGCAGCGGCGGGCGGCUCCGGGCCCGGCGGGGCGGGCGGCUCCGGGCCCGGGCCGGGCCCCGGCGGCGGCGGCAGCGGGGACGGGGACUUCCUGUCGCGGUACCGGCUGGUGUCGGCCAAGCUGCGGCGGCGGUUCUUGCGGAAGCCGAACGUGGCGGAGGCGGCGGAGCAGUUCGCGGCGCUGGCGCGGGAGCUGCGCGCCCAGGAGAGCCUGCCCUACGCGGCCUGGUGCCAGCUGGCGGUGGCGCGCUGCGCGCAGAGCCUCUUCCACGGCCCCGCCGAGGCGGCGGCGCUGGGCGAGGCGGCGCGGCUCUUCCUGCGCCAGGAACGGGACCUGCGGCAGCGCCUGGCGCUGCGCGGCGGCUUCGGCGAGCACCUGGCGGCGGCGCAGAGCUGCGGGGCCUUCGCCGCCCGCCUGCACCUGGAGCGCGGGCAGCCGGCGCUGGCGGCCGGGCCGUGCCUGGAGCUGGCGGCGGCGCUGCGCGACACCGGGCGGCCCGCCCGCGCCGCCGCGCACUUCCAGCGGGCGGCCGAGCUGCUGGCGGCGGCGCGGCUGCCGCUCGAGGCGCUGCGCUGCCUGGCCGAGCGCGCCUCCUGCCUGCUGCUGGGCCGCGACUACGCCGGGGCCCUGGCGGCGCUGACGCGGGCGCAGGCGCUGGCCGGGGCCGGGGUCGGGCCCGGGGGGACCGCGCCCGGCGGCGCCUUCCUGGACGCGCUGGUGCGCUGCGAGGUGUCGCGGGUGCUGCUGCUGCUGCUCCUGCAGCCGCCGCCCGGCAAGCUGCCGCCCGAGCACGCCCGCACGCUGGAGCAGUACUGCUGGGAGGCGCCGGAGGGCGGCGCGGCGGGCGGCGGGCCGCCGGCGGCGGCGAGCUACCUGCCGGCGGAGCUCUUCCUGCUGCUGCAGUCCGCCGUGCUGGCCUGCCAGGAGAAGGACGCGGCGGCGCUGCAGGCGCUGCAGGCCGAGCUGUGGCCGCUGCUGAGCGCCGAGCAGAACCACCUGCUGCACCUGGUGCUGCACGACAUGCUCAGCCCCGCGGGGCAGGGGCUGUGAGCGCCGCCGGGACGCCGCAUCCUGCUCCUGCUGCUGCUCUCCUCCUGCCUCGGGACGCGGCGCGGGGCUGCAUUAAAGCUGGCGGUGGCUGCACCA